AUGGUCGAGUAAGUCUACUAGAAAAUUCUUAGUUUCUGCCUAUUUAGUAAGAAUGUGGCAAGAGAAAUAUUCUCUCUCCUGGACAAUGACGGAUCCGGAUUAGUCAAAGCGUCCGACCUCCUGGAGGCGUUUAAUGGGACUGGUCUCGACGUGGCCGAGGUUUUCCCGUUGAUCACAAAACACGAUCUCAAUGGAGACGGUACUCUAAGCCUAAAAGAGCUGGAAAGCAUGCUUCAAGAGGUCCACCGGAAAACCAGCAGAGUCACUGUCUGA